AUGGGUCAAAGCACCGCCAUAGAGACGACCCAACAGCCGGCCCCUGUCUCACGAAGCUCUAAACGAUUUGUUCCAAAAGACUUGUCUGGAAAUCCGAUUCCGCAGAGCAAGAGAUGGCUCUAUUCAACGCCAGCCCUCAAAAACGGAGAGCUGCAAUCUUUUACUAUUGAUGUGCUAGUGGUGAGCGCUUUCGUUACAUUCAACUCAUCGGAGUUUGGCCGUAACUUUUAUGAUGGCAUCGAGAAGAAGUAUGGUGAAUGGAACGUCAACUUUUGGGGAACCUUCAUUAUCACAUCGGUGUUCUUCUGGUUAUGGGGAGCCGUGUUUGCCAUUCCAGACCUGACGGGCUAUCCAAAAUGGCUCUUCAAGUACAAGACGCAGCCGUUUGUGCGAGUUGAUUUGCGGCAAUAUGCCAACAUUGCUCUCAUCUCGUUCAGAAAUCAGCUUUUCGUCGCUGCUCCGCUGCUUCUCGCAACCAUGUACAUUGGCCCUCUGAAACCCGUGAGCUCGUCGGCUCUGCCAGGCAAAUUGGAGACUGUCGCUACCAUUAUUUUCGACGUCAUCUGCACAGAAAUAGGCUUUUACUACGUUCACCGAUCAUUUCACUCCAAAAGGCUUUACCCAAUGUUUCACAAGCAGCACCACGAGUUCACGGCGCCUGUAGGUCUCGCAUCUACAUACUGCACUGUGACGGAGCACAUUUUUUCGAACCUGCUUCCGAAUGCACUGGGGACCAUGCUGGUAAGACAUCAUUGGUCGCAGGCUGUUUUUACGUUCCUAUUCCUUGAGUUUGGAACCAUUUGCUCUCACUCAGGCUACAACAUUCCGUGGCUGCACUCGAAUCUACAGCAUGAUUUCCACCACUUUGCCUUUGACGAGAAUUUUGGUCCUACAGGGUGGCUAGAUGCCUUGCACUCGACGAACAAGAAGUUUCUCAAGACCAUGGCGGACGCAAAGCAUCGGACGGGAGGUGAUGACGAGAAGGCUCGGCAAAUGGUGCUCGAGAGGCUGGCAACUUUGGAAGUGGAGGCGAGGUAA